GUAACUCAAUUAUAGAGUCAAUAUACCAAACAUAAGUAUUUUAACAGUUAAUGUGUUUAAACAUUUAUUUCAUCAAUGGAACAUUUAGUUUUUCACUUCACCAAUUAUUAAUUUAAUCAGACAGUUAGUCGGUCAGCAAGUUAAUCAGAAAGAUAGCUGUCAUUCAUUCAUUCAGUAGAUCAGUCAGUCAGUAUCUGUGUUUCCCUGUCUGCCUGUCUGUACGUCAGCCUCUCGGUUACUCUCUGUCCGUCUGUCUGUGUCUCUAUAUCAGAGCCUGAGGGAGAGAGCUAGAGACUGCUGUGUGUCUGAUGGAUAGAAACCACUGUUCCUCACCUAUCCUUUUAUAGCUCUCCGUUUUCACUGUACCCUAGUUAUCCUCUGCCUUAGGGGGCACUGACAUGCACUGUGUAUGUGUGUGUGUAUGUGUGUGUGUGUGUGUGUGUGUGUGUGUGUGUGUGUGUGUGUGUGUGUGUGUGUGUGUGUGUGUGUGUGUGUGUGUGUGUUUUGGCGAUACUCUAUUGUGAGUUUGCAUGUGUGGGUUUGUGUGUGUAUGUUUCGACGAUACCCUUGGAUGUGUGUGUGCGUGAGAAUAUAUUGCAUUUUGUGUUGUUCAGGCAUACAUGUGUGUUUGUUCUUGUGUCUGUGUAUAUGGGUGUGUGCGUGUGUGUGUGUGUGUGUUUGAGUGUGUGUUUGCGUGUGUUUCGUUGACACUCUAUUGUGGAUUUGCAUGUGUGGGUUUGUGUCUUUUGACGAUACGUGUGUGAUACAUUGCAUUUUGUGUUGUUUAGGCAUGUGUGUCUGUGUGUGUGUGUGUAUAUAUGUAUAUAUGUGUGUAUACAUGUAUGAGUGUUUGGGUGUAUAUGUGUACAUGUGUGAGCAUAUGCAUGUGUGUGUUCUUGUGCAUGUGUGUUAGUGUUUGUGUGUGUGCAUGCCUGUAUGUCUGUCUGUUAGUGUGUGUGCGUGUGUGUGUGCGUUUGUGACGAAUGUAUGUCUGCAUGCUUCUGUGUAUGUGUAUGUGUGUGUGUGUGUGUGUGUGUGUAUGUACGCCUGCAAGUGUAAGCGUACGAUUGUGUGUCUGUAUACGUCCAUGUGUGUGUGUGUGUGUGUGUGUGUAUUUGUGCAUGAGGGCUGAACCUUACCCAGGUGUAAGAUCUCUUCCUCAUCCUGACGAUGUCAGCGGGGGAGGAGUGACUGGUGCAGGGCCCAUCAGCCCGGCUCCUCUCAUUUCCCUGGCAAAUGUUGUUCACCACAGCCCGUCACACGUCUCCCCUCCUCUCCUCCUCUCCUCUCCUCUCUCCUCCCUCACACACCCUCGGUCGCCUCCCUCCUCCCUGGCCUGCCUGUCCAGCCGAGUGCUCUGUGACCAUACGAUGCUAUGGAGGGCCUGAGUAGAACACUGUGUUUGACCGCCGUGCUGCUUAUUCUGACAGAGGUGCGCCCAGAGCUGGUCCGCGUCCCCCUGACGGUCCAACACGGCGUGGAGGGCCAGUCCGUCCUGCUGGCGGUGGAGACCCUCUUCCGGCUGAACGAGUCGGAGGUCCAGGGCACGUGGUCCCACACCAGGCCCAGCGGCGCCCGGACCACCCUGGUCACCUUCACCAAGAACUCCACCAUCACGGACAUGACGCGCCGCGACCGCCUGCAGUUCCGCGGGCCCAACGCCUCGCUGCAGCUCCUCGCGCUGCGGCUGUCCGACGAGGGUGUCUAUCGCCUGGACCUCAACGUCGAGUUCCACAACCGCACCGGCCACUUCCUCAAUGUGGAGAAGACGGUGCAUGUCACGGUGGACGUUCCUGUCUCUUCUCCCACCAUCGGGAUGAGUCCCACGUAUCCCGUGGUGGAGGACAGGGAGAACGUCACCUGGUCCUGUUCGGUCCAGAUCGGGACCAAGGUGGGGUUCCAGUGGCUGAGGAACAACGUGGUGCUGAGGCCCGGGAAGAGGUACUGGUUCUCGGAGGACAGCUCCACACUGGUGGUCAGCCCCGUGAGGAAGGAGGACAAGGGGGAGUACAGCUGCCUGGCCAGGAACCACGUCAGCCAGAUGCUCAGCCGGAGCAUGGACCUCAACGUGUACUACGGCCCCUACAACCUGGCGGUGAGCCAGGGCCAGGGCCAGGGCCAGGGCCAGGGCCAGAGCCAGGGCCAGGGCCAGGGCCAGGGCCAGGGCCAGGGCCAGGGCCAGGGCCAGGGCCAGGGCCAGGGCCAGGGCAAUGUGUUCUACAUCAACCCCGGGAAGCUGGCGUACUUCGACUGCAAGGCUGACUCCAACCCGCCCAACAGCUACGUGUGGAUCUCCAAGAACGCCAAUAGCAGCCAGGUGGUGUGGCUGGGGCCCCGGCUGGAGGUGCGCUUCUACCGCCUGUUCCAGCGCGAGGAGUACCUGUGCAGAGCCUUCAACAACGUGACGGAGAAGCAGGACGAGACGCAGUUCACCCUGUGGGUGACCGGCUCCGGGACAGGCAAAGAGAAGCACUCACAAGUCAGCAGCUCAGUAUCGCCUCUGGCAGCCAUUACUAUCUGCUCGUUGUUCAUCAUCGCGUUUAUGGUGUUGUUCUUUCUCAGGAGAGCGUGCCAUCCCAAGAGAGUGCUAAUGAACAUUUACAACAGACCACUAACGGAACAGAGGAGACCACAUCUAUCAGGUCAUGAAGAUGCAACAGAGGAUUUCGGUAUCUACGAGUUUGUCGCUGUUUCUGGGUUAAUGGAAUCCACACAGGCGUCUUGCAGAUCUCUUGCCAGGCUCGAGUCAAUGCAGGACGUGCAGACAACGAUCUACGACGUCAUCAGACACGUUCCCGAGACCCCCGGCCACACUUUGCUCACUGUGCCCUCCCCCACACAGGCAGCAUUGAGACAGUAGCCUGUCACUUUUGGACGCUCAAGUUAUGCAGAAGUUCCCCUGUGCCGAAGUCUCACUCGCACACAGCUUUGGGUGGAUCUGGAUUAAAACUGCCUGCAUGUGAAUAUGUUCAUUCUCAUGAUGCACUGCUACUGU